GCUGCCAUUGCUUUUGCACUGAACUGCUGUUUUUUACAUUUUGUUUUUGAGAUAUCAUUUUAUACUAAAUGAAGUUUAUAGUUCAAUCAGUUAUUUAAGAAUUACUUUUGUAAUGUGAUGUGUUAAAUGUUUACUUUUUUUCUUUUACUUCGAUAUUAUAAUGGAAAAAAUAGGUAUUUCGUUUGUUAUAAAAGUGAUCUAUUUGUUUGUGUUUACUGAAACUUCGCGUGUGACUGUUGUACCAGGGGAUACAUUGCCUCACCAUGGACGAUGUGAACCCAUCACUAUACCGUUCUGUCAGCAGAUAAUGUACAACCAAACAAUAUUUCCAAACUUAUUGAACCACGCUAAACAAGAAGACGCUGGUCCUGAGGUGCACCAAUUUACACCACUCAUCAAAGUUAACUGUUCACCUGAUCUAAAAGCCUUCUUGUGUUCUGUAUAUGCUCCAGUGUGCACGAUUUUGGACACGCCAAUCCCACCAUGUCGACAUUUGUGUGAAUCUGCUAGACAUAAUUGUGAUGAAUUGAUGAUAAACUUCGGAUUUUCGUGGCCAGAACAUUUAAAAUGUUCCAGAUUCCCGGUCGCUACUGACGACAAUAUAUGUUUCGGCGAUAAAAACACAACCCAUGAAUCUCGAAAAUCAACAGUUGAAGCGAAAUUACCAAAAGUAGAUUUUAAAUCUACUAUAGAAAGAGAUCCAACAAAAGUUCAUGGAGCUAAAGAUCUUGGCUUUGUGUGUCCGGUUCAAUUUAAAGUGCCCAAGAGUUUGGAUUUAGAGUACUCCCUAAAAGUGAAGGACAAAGUAGAACAUGAUUGUGGUGCACCAUGUAAUGGAAUGUUCUUCAGUCAAGAUGAAAAGAAUUUUGCAAGGCUAUGGAUUGGAAUUUGGGCAGUUCUGUGUUCUUUAAGCUGUCUGUUUACUGUUUUAACAUUCCUCAUAGACACAGACAGAUUUCGAUAUCCUGAGAGACCAAUCAUAUUUCUAUCAGUAUGUUACCUCAUGGUGGCUGCAGCCUAUGUGAUGGGAUGGAGUUCAGGAGAUAAUAUUAGCUGCCAAGGUCCAUUUCCAUCUACUAUAAGUGGAACAAGAUUACCAAAUAUCUCUGUUAUCACACAAGGCACUAAACAUGAACCAUGCACAAUUCUUUUUAUGAUAGUGUAUUUCUUCAGUAUGGCUUCCAGUAUUUGGUGGGUUGUGCUGACACUCACAUGGUUUUUAGCAGCUGGACUGAAAUGGGGUCAUGAAGCAAUUGAGGCUAACUCACAGUACUUCCAUUUGGCAGCUUGGGCUGUCCCUGCUAUCAAAACUAUUUCAAUAUUAGCCAUGGGAAAAGUUGAUGGUGAUAUUCUGUCUGGUGUAUGCUAUGUCGGACUGUGGGAUGCAGAGGCUCUUCGCGGAUUUGUGUUGUCACCAUUAUGUGUGUACUUGGUGCUUGGCACGGUCUUCCUUUUAGCUGGUUUUGUUUCUCUUUUCCGUAUAAGAACAGUUAUGAAACACGAUGGUACAAAAACUGACAAACUUGAAAAGUUAAUGAUAAGGAUUGGUGUGUUUGGAGUCCUAUAUACAGUUCCUGCACUAAUAGUAAUUGCAUGCUUGUUUUAUGAACAAGCUCAUUAUGAUGAGUGGAUGGUGACCUGGCAGCGAGACAUGUGCUCCCCGCAGUCACCCUAUUCUAUCCCAUGUCCUUUUACUGAGGAAGUGGACCGACCUAAAUUUGAAGUAUUCAUGAUCAAAUAUCUAAUGACUAUGAUAGUAGGUAUUACAUCUAGUUUUUGGAUCUGGUCAGGUAAAACUUUGGUUUCUUGGCGUCAGUUCUUUGAUAGAAUUAAAGGAAGAAGAGUUGAGGCAUAUGUCUGAUGAUCGUCUUUACUUAGCAGGUGUCAUAGCAUUUUUGUGCAUUACUUUUUUUAACUCUCUGAUUGAUGAAAUUCAAACAAGGCUGAUAAUGUAAAUAAUUAUUUAAUAAGGCAGCUCUCUUUUGUAAGUAGAUAAGAUUUUAUAAGUAUUAAUUAUUAAGGAAUCAAUUAUGUGUAAAAUGUAAUGAAAUAAAUGUUACAUAUUAUUUUA